AUGUCCUUACCGCCAGAAGUCCAGAGACUCAUAGAGGGGAAGAUUGACUUUGAGGGCCAGAAGCUUGUCGAGCAGGUCUCCCGCAAUGCCCUUCUCGCGAUCACAUCCCUUUCGUAUAUUAUUGGCCUUGUGUCCCAAUCACUAACCUUGACAUUCGGCUCGUUCGGUGUCGGAACAUUGAUACUACUCGUUGUUGCUCUUCCACAAUGGCCCAUGUACAACCGGAAUCCGGUACAAUGGCUUCCUCCAGUUGAUACGAAGAAGAAACAAUGA